CAAGUCAGCAGUGCCACGUCAGCAGUGCCACAACAGCAGCAGUGACACAUCAGCAGUGCCCCGCCACCAUGAUGGUUUCAGUUUUGGGCAUGCCACUGGCCAGCGAGUCCAUUGCCGAGUUCCGACAGCGGAUCCAAGAUCAGCUCACACAGAUCGAGGAUGAGGAUCAGCGCCAGAUGGCAGCCGAGGCUGCCCGCCUACAGGCUGAAGCGGAGGCAGCGGCUGAGAGGCAGCGGCUUCAGGGCGCGGCUGACGCAGACGCCCAGGCCCGCCGCAGGCAGGCCCAAGAUCUGCUGCAGUGGCAUGAAGCCGCCAGCGUCGACAGGCUCAAGUUCUGGCAUUUUGAACCAUCCGAGGGCCACGACAACGCGACACCAGAAGAGCAGCACAGGGAGUUUCUCUCCAAACUCAUGACCUGGUUGGUUUACACUUGUAACCACCUGCAGUCCGAGUUAGAGAAACAGCACCAGGAACUGGAGAAGCUCCGACAGGCAGUGCAGAGCCACAAGGAUCUGCACGAGGAUGCCACACGGGCACUUCAUACCCGUGUACAGGACUUGGGGCAAGCAGCUCCAAGACCAGAUGAUGGAGAACCCAGCAAUGCAGCCUCAACCCGUCAGUUGGAGCAACGAAUCGACCAUGUCCUAGCGAUGCUCGGCGACAUCAGCACCUUCGCUGCACCAGCCUCCAUCAGCGAGCAGCUCGACACCUUGAAGAACGAGGUUCGACAAAUACACCAGCCGCCCGACAACGAUGGUAGCACCGGUGCAUCGCGGCAAUACAAGAUGUCGACGUUCCGGUUCGAAAAGUUUGAUGACUAUACGCAUCAGGACCCGAUCACCUGGUGGCAGGGCUUUACGACGGAGCUUCGGAUUCAUCAGGUCCCCGAUCACUUGUACAUCUCGGCGUUGUUCCUCAAUGCCAAGGGCGGAUGCCAGAUCUGGCUCAGCCACAUGGCAACCAUCCACGGCGUCCAGGUCGCCGACCUGCACAAAAAGAUCUCUUGGGAAGAUCUGACGAAGGGAUGGAAGAAGCGGUUCAUUGUGUUGACGACGCCCCGACGCUCGCCAUCAACCGCCUCUUCGCCAUGACUCAAGGUAACCAAUGGAUCGUGAAAAAUCUUUAUUGCUUGCUGGCAACACACCGACACGUGAUUGGCUCACGGAAUG